AUGGAAAAAAGGCGGAUAUCUGCAGCACCCCAGCUGCAAGGCUUAAGGAGCUUAGCCCUCCUGCCCAUCACGGAAGACUCCUCAAGAAGUGUAAACCGACCGGGGCCGGUCCCUGCCUUCCUCAGGAGCCCACCUGUCAUCCCAUCCCCGCUGGAUAUGAAGCACUUCCUCCAGUUCCCCCUGGAGUCGCCUCACCCGGCCAGCAUUGGCCUCUUCCACAACUUUAACACAAUGGACCCUGUCCAGAAAGCUGUGAUGACGCACACGUUUGGGCCACCUAUGGUGAAGACAAAGCGGCCAAUCAUUUCCUGCAACGUGUGUCAAAUACGCUUCAACUCUGAGAGCCAGGCAGAAGCCCACUAUAAGGGGAACCGCCACGCUCGGAGGGUGAAGGGGAUUGAGACAUCCAAGACAGCUCGUGUCCAAGACGGUGACAGGCAGUAUCCUCCUUCUACUGCUUCGCCCUCAUCUCCAGGCCCUUCACCAUCCAGCCCUGAGCCUGAUCCUAAUAAGCAAGAUGACCCUCAACCCUGUUCCAACACCAACAAGUCACCUUUGACCCUUAGCCACCUUCCAACAACCACUCUGAGCUCCACAGAAACAGAGUGUCCUCUCCUGCCUUCUGUCAGCGUGCCCAUGUCAUCCAUUCCCUCACCCUCCGUGGCCCUCAGUACCCCGUCAGCGGAUCCAGCAGUGUCCGGUGUUCCUGACACUCCGUCCCCAGCACCCAGUCAUUCGUCAGGGGAGUCAGAGGAAGAGAAAGCUAAGAAGCUUCUCUACUGUUCCCUGUGCAAAGUAGCUGUUAAUUCCCUCUCACAACUGGAGGCACACAACAAAGGUACCAAACACAAAACCAUUCUGGAAGCUCGGAGUGGACUGGGGCCCAUCAAGGCAUAUCCGCGUCUGGGUCCUAAACCCAGCCCAGAGCAGGGAGGCGACUUGUCCUCUGAUCCCAACACUCAGGAACGCACCUUCCACUGUGAGAUCUGCAACGUCAGAGUCAACUCAGAGCUGCAGCUCAAACAGCAUAUAUCUAGCCGGAGGCAUCGAGAUGGAGUUGCAGGGAAACCUAAUCCUCUUCUCAGCCGACACAAGAAGCGCACAGACUUUAUGGAACUUCCAAAAACUCUGGGAGCUGGACUUUUACCAAAUCCUCUGGCUGUUGCUGCAGCAAUGGCAGCCGCAGCCUCCUCCAAUCACCUGGCAUUACGUCCUCCCGGCCCAGCCUCUCAUCCCCAUCACCACCUCCUGCAGGGAACACACCUCAGCUUACUGAGACCUGCCCCAGGUCCAAUUCGCACUACGCACGGGCCAAUCCUCUUCACUCCUUACUGAUGGCCAGAGGAUGAGUUCUUGUCAGGAAGAAGCACACUGUGAAGUUGUGGCCUGCAACCGUGUCAUCUAGAGCUCAAUCAUAUGGUGUAGCUCCAGUAGUGGAGAUAAAUGUGACUCUUUAUGUUCAAACUGUGGUUGCAGACUACUUCUGGUACCUUGAAAGACUGAACAGUAAAUCUGACAAAUUUCAGACUUUUCAGAGAGAUUUUAAUUGUCAAUCCUUCCACUUUUCCCUUCAUCACUUAACUAUCUGCCAGUCAGACUGUUUAUAAACAAAACAUUUGGUCAAGCAUAGACUUCUUAAACAUCCUGGAAUCUGAAACUGACUUUAUCUGGUGAUCCACUGUCUCCGAAUCAAACCCUACCUCUCUUGUGUUUUUAAUCUUCACCUCUACAAGGAUUCUUAACAUAUCCAAAGCAUUAAUGUUAUCAAAAACAUGCCUGCUGGGUUAGAAAUAGUAGUUGCCGCAGAUGUUAGCUGGUAUAAUAUAGUAGCUGUCACAGUAAAGUGGAUUGUACCACGUUAAGUCCUGUUUUUGUAGCCUAUAAAGAUAAAAAGGUACAUUUCCGUGCUGUUUCUGCAGUAGGCAAACAUUUCUCUGUACUGUUUGCACAGAGCUCUCACUGAAUGCCUAUUUGGUCUAUAACCUCUGUGGGGCAGAAGCAGGAAAUCAGAGAGGAAGAACAGAAGUGUAGAUAUAACACAAUGUCUUAAAUCUGUACUGAUAAGUAUGAACCACAAAGUCAGGAAGAAGUCAUUACUAUCGGUGCACUAUGCAGCUAACAGGGUUUCUUCUUAAUGUUUGUGUAAAAUGCAGUGAUGCUGGAGAAAAUAAAAAAGAAACUAGAGCGGUAACAGUUUUUAUAAUGCAGGUAAAGAUGUAACUGUCCCCACUUAAAUAGACUAUUCCCUAGAUUCACCCUUGGAUAGCCAAUACCUGGCAACAGUGUUGUGCAUAAAAACCCACAAAGCACAUACGUAAAAGUCUGUAGCGUAAAGUCUACAUGUAAACAGCUUUAGUAGAUUUAAAGUGACCAUCUAUUGUUUUUGCAUCUGGGCUUCACUGUGCAACACCGAAAGGCUUCAGUAUCUUGAUGGUUUCACUGUGAGCACAGCAGUAGAAUGGCUGAUUUAUGACUUCAGUAGCAGGUAUUUGCAUUACAUGCACAUUUGAAUAUGCAGACCACAUUUCCACUACAACCCAUACAAAUUGUGAGGAAAGCAGUGGGAUGAAAGACACCAGCAUUAUGUUACAGAAGGAAUAGAAGAGGACCACAUAUCUAGGUGAGUAGAUGCAAAAAAAAACAACAACACACCGUUUGUGGUAGUACUAUAAGCCUGUAGAGGGGUACACAAGUUUAGGUUGUCUGCUCUGCCUCGUACGUGCUUCCUACAUGACUCUACACUAUCCCAGUGAAAACACUCAUGAUGGCUUGUAAAACAAUAUGAGGAAGCUUUAGGAAACAAAAACUGUAGCAAUACUUUAAGCACUCCUGCUAACUUUUCCUGUUUAAUGCAAUAAAAAAAAUGUCUACAAAUGUAUGAAUUGUUAUGUAGGGGAGGUGUCU